CAUCAGCCCCCCUUGGCAUUGGAAAGAGACACUUCUGGCCGAUACCUGUGGCUGUCCUGGAAAUACCUAUGUAUGCAUGUACUAGGCCUAGGUGUGUAUACGGGCGUUCUCCCACAGCCGGCCACUCCCAUAUCUCGAUCUGCUUCUUUCUUGACUAGACUGUGCACCCUUCAUUCUCUACACCUUUUUAUCCAGCUCUCAACCUUACCCUCUUUGCUUUCCCCUGUCGUUUUCCCGUAGGGUUGUAAAUGGCGUAUCAACAAGGCUAUGGCACUCCUGUGCCAGAUCCGCUACAAACCCCGACCGUGAAUGGAUACGUCGAUGUCCCCAACCCGUUCACCGAUCGUCUGAAGAGUCUGCAGAGUCAGGAGGAGAGACGGCUGUUUGACCUUGUCGACAGACUCAAGGACCUCGAUGUGAACAGAGAGCUCCAACUGCCUCAGCUCGUGGUCUGCGGUAGCCAGUCGUCCGGCAAGAGUUCCGUCCUCGAGGCCAUCAGCGGCCUUUCAUUCCCGAGAGGAGAGUUUACCUGCACCAAAUUCGUGACCGAACUUCGGUUUCGUCCAGGCAAUGUCGAGUCAAUCAACAUCGAGAUAGUGCCUGACACGGGACGAAAUCCUGACGACCAGGCCCGCCUCAGAAACGCCAGGUUCAAGUCCAGGAGAUUGACCGAGCUAGGCCAAAUCGUCAAGGAGGCCGAGAAAUGGCUGUUGGGCGGCCGCGGAGGCUUUGCCAGCGAUGUGCUCAAGGUGGAGGUUGUGAGGCCCCAUCAGCAGCCGCUGACUCUGAUUGACACCCCCGGUCUGAUUGCCUCGCACAAUGAAGGGCGCGAGUACAUCGACCUGGUCCGCCGGAUCGUCGAUGACUGGAUCAAGCAACCACGCACGCUGAUCCUGGCCGUGGUCGAGGCCAAUCUCGACCCGCAAAAGCAGUCCGUCCUCACAAUCGCCAAAGAAGUCGAUCCGACCGGGGAGCGAACCUUUGGCAUCAUCACCAAGCCAGAUCUGGUCGAGUCGCCUUCGGGUCUGGAGGACUUUUGGGUCAAGAAAGCCCAGAAUGGCGCCGAUAGCAUGACCGAGUUCAACUUUGCCAAGGGCUGGCAUGUCCUUCGCAAUCGUGGCGUGCGCGAAACCGGCAACGAGACCUCUACAGCGGAAAGAGACGAGGCUGAGCGCAUGUUCUUCAUGUCUCCCGAACGCAGAUGGAGUCAGGUCGACCAAGCUUACUGGGGCAUCGAGUCACUGCAAGGCCGUCUGAGGAGCAUCUACUACGACCACACCCGGCGUCAGCUCCCAAUCAUCCAGGACGACAUCUUGCACAGGCUCCAGAAGGCGAUGAGGGAAGUAGAUGGGAUCAACGAGAAGCUGGCAGAUGCCGACGAGAUCUGGACAAGGUUCUGUGAAGAGCGGACUGGACUGGCUGUGCAGGCAAAGGGAUGCGUUGACGGAACUUACCUGGACGGCUCGGCCGAUUGGCAUGAGGCGCCCGAUUACUACCUGCGGUCUCGAAUCGAAGAGGACCACGACGAGUUUGCGCGCGAAGUGGAACUGAACGGUCACGGCCUACGCCAGGCAAAAUCUGCACGCAGCCUCACCGAGGACAGGGACGGCUUCCGCACCUACGUCCAACAGAUGCUCGAAUCCACCCGGGGCCGCGAGUUGAAGGACAGCUAUGAUCCCAAUCGCCUGAACCUGCUGUUCCGCAAGCACUCGGAACCGUGGUACGGAAUUGCCAGGAUGCACCUGGACCACGCCCACCGCCGAUGCGUCGCCUUUGUCGAACACAUUGUCGAGAACGUGCUCCGGAAAGAGCUUCCUGCACUUCCGGCGCGGGUAUCACAAGCUAUGAAAGAUCACUUGUACCAGGCGCUCGAGAAGCAGAAAAAGAAGGCCGAGGACGAGCUCAAAGCCAUCGAACAGGACCGGAAACAGCCCGCGCAGACACAGAGUAAACGCUUCGAGAAGCUGGCCCGGCAAUUGAAAAUCAACAAGAAUUUCGCCCUGGUCAAUCGUGUGGCCGAGGAGGAGUACCCGUACAUGGCAAAUACGUCGUCGCCAACGAGGACGGAGAGCGUGAACGAGAGGGAGAAUAUGCCGCCACCGCCGACUCCUGGGAGUGCCACACGAUUUACCCCGGCGCAUGUCGACCGGGUUCUGGCUCAGGACAGUCGCGCCGAGUCGGCGGAGGAGAUUGGCAAGAGGAUGAUCAUUUACUACGAGAUCGCACGCGAAGUCUUCGUCGACAAUGUCGUCGUGCAAGUCGUCGAGCGACAUCUGUUGCGCCCCCUGCAUACGCUGUUCCAGGGCGACUUUGGCGUGGACAAGGACGUCUUCACGCGCUCGGUGGAUGCCGAGAGGGACCAGAACCUGACUGCGAGGAGAAACGCGCUGAAUGAGAGGAUUAAGCGGCUGAAAACUUUUGCGGAUCAGUUGCGUGCCAUUUGAUGACUGAAUGGUUUGGGUCAUACGGUGAGAGAUGAGAGUUGGGGCUGUACUUUACCUGGGUAUCUUGGACCAUUGUUCACUUUGGAGACUAUCGACCUGUUAUACGGACGGCAUUAAGGGAGAAAGAACAAUUUUAUACAUACCUCUAGCUAAGGAGAAUUCGAGAGGAAUACGUCAGUCCGAUCUGUGUAUUCGAGGCUCGGGUUCGUAGGCGGUUUGGGGGCCGAAGAUCAUGCCGAGGCUCGAAUCCCGC